AUGGAGACUCAAUUAUUAUUGUUGUUAUUACUGAGUGCUCUUGCUCUCAUCAUUUAUGCAUUCAAAUCUUCCAAAACCAACCUUCCACCGGGAAGUUUCGGAUGGCCAAUCAUUGGCGAAACGAUCGCCUUCAUGAAAGAGCAGCAACAACACUUUGUGGGCGAAAGAAUGAAAAAACACUCCACAAAGCUCUUUAAAACCAGCAUAUUCGGCGAGCGGAUGGUUGUUUUAUGCGGCACUGCCGGUCACAAGUUCAUCGCCACCAACGAGGAAAAGCUUUUUCUUGCAUGGCGACCACUAUCCAUGCAGAAGCUCUUCCGCUCUUCCUACCUAAAAGCCGCUGCCACAGCCAUCGUACCGCAAGCAGACGUAAUCCAAAUCUACCGUGCCCCGGGCUUUUUGAAGCCCGAGGCUCUGGUGAAGUACAUAGAAACUAUGGACUCUUUGGUUCAAGAACAUUUGAAGCUUCACUGGGAAGGCAAAACCACGGUUGAGGUAUAUAAACUUGCUCAGCUACUUGUCACACGAGUUUGUCCGCUCGCUUCUUCACUGGACUGCAUGACAAUGAGCGCACGGAAAAGUAUGCCCAGUUGA